AUGGCGCAAAUAGAUCUCCACGCCGGCCUCACCAGCCCCGAUGCGGAAUCCUUGCGCUCAUUCACAGAAACACUUCCAGACGAAUACCACGACUGGAUGAGUGAUUCUGGUAGAAGUUCAAGAGGUGAACAAUUACUGGACGAUUUCCCUCAACCUCCGCGGGCACAGAAUUUAGACUCGAUCUACGAGGAAGAAGUAUAUCCGACACCAAAACCUUCCAUCAAAAAUCUGCGCCGCCAUGCCACCGCCAAUGAACUUCCUCUCCUUCAACAACUUAACCCCAAUGAAGGCGCCCCAGAGUUCAACCCCCUCAUUGAAGAAAAUGGAUCAUACGAUCUCAUUGCGCCCUAUGAUGGUGGUGAUUUACCACAGUACAAACUGGAACGUCUCGCCGACAUUAUGUUCUCGUCGGAGCAUAUGCUUACAAUUUUGAACAACCCGCGGUAUCUGGGACGAUUCCGUGAUUUCCUCCUCGAAGAACGCCCACGGUCGAUCUCUACCCUGACAUACUACCUCAACGCAAGCAAAGCGCUCAAGGCAAUCCAAUAUGCCAAUGCGCUUGUGCGGCUCUCUGUCGACGUGCCUCCUCCUGCAGUUUCGACUAAUGAAGAAACAGUCGGGGUGACAGAGAAUCGGGUCUUGGAACAAAGGGUGAUAGAUGGAUUGUUGGCUCUCACUGCCGAAGAGCUCCCUGCGUUUAUCACCUCAAGGUGUAUCACCAUCACAAGUAAAAUUGUGGAAGAGCGGGUUCGAGGAACAUUGCCUAUGAAAUUCCGCGGGACUUCAAAUGCCCUAGCAGAGGUUUUCUGUUUGACAGAUCCUUCGCGGCCAGACAAUCCUAUCAUUUUUGCGUCCGAAGAAUUCCAUCGAACAACGCAGUACGGUAUGGACUAUGUGCUUGGUCGAAACUGUCGAUUCCUCCAAGGUCCAAAGACAAACGCCAAUAGUGUUCGUCGCAUUCGCGAAGCAAUUCAUGCAGGUCGUCAUCACUCAGAGAUGUUCCUUAAUUAUCGUCGCGACGGCUCUCCAUUCAUGAAUCUCCUUCAAUGCGCACCUUUAUGCGAUAGCCAGGGCCGUGUAAAAUAUUUCAUCGGUGCACAGAUCGAUGUUUCGGGACUCGCCAUGGAGGGCGCUUCAAUGGAAUCAUUGAUGGAGCUACAGACCAAAUAUCAUCAGCCAGAGGAUGGGAGUAUAGCUGAACAGCCGAUACCAGAAGAGAAGGACGAAUUCCAGGAAUUGAGCGAGCUAUUUAGUCCUCGGGAGCUUUCGAGAGUUCAAGAACAUGGAGGACACUUGUUCCAACCUGUCAAAAACCUGGUAUCACCACAAGAACCUCGAACUUGGCGGGAACGUGGGGCAUCUAUAGAGAGCGAGACAGAGGCUAUUCGCGUACGCGAUAUGAAAUCGCCCUUUUUCCGAAUGUCAUUGGCCGGUGUCUACGAGAAUUACCUCCUCGUCCGACCUUAUCCUUCUCUUCGAAUUUUGUUCACAUCCCCUGCACUGCAGAUCCCAGGAAUGCUACAAUCACCAUUCCUAUCACGUAUCGGAAGUUCGUCGGCAGUGAAAGAAGACCUAGUACAAGCUAUGAAGGUCGGCCGCAGUGUGACGGCUCGAAUCAAGUGGGUCACUCGCUCGAAUCCGGAUGGGCGCAGUCGUUGGGUCCAUUGCACGCCUCUAAUGGCUAGUAAUGGCCAGGUAGGCGUAUGGAUGGUUGUAGUUGUGGAUGACGCAGACGAGAAAGCAGUUACUAGUUGGCGCGCCUAG